CUUCUUAACAGAAUUUACACAAAGCCACAAGCUUCACUCUGUUGGGUUGGUUUAUUACAAGUUCUAGCUCAUAACCCAAGCCAGCAUUGCCUUGUGGAUCAUAUAUUAGCUAGUGUUUCUUGAUCCUCAAGUAAUGGGAAUGGAGAAGGUUGUGAGAAUGGGCUUGAUGGGCUGUUUGUUGUUGCUUGUGAGCCUUGUUAAUUUGGCCAUGGGAGGACAUAACUAUGGAGAUGCUCUCACCAAGAGCAUUCUUUUCUUUGAGGCUCAAAGAUCUGGUUACUUGCCUAGUAGUCAGAGAAUCAAGUGGAGGGGGCAUUCUGGUCUUAGUGAUGGCAAGACUGUUGGUGUGAAUUUGGUGGGAGGGUAUUAUGAUGCAGGGGACAAUGUGAAGUUUGGAUUGCCCAUGGCAUUUACAGUGACAAUGAUGUCAUGGAGUGUGUUGGAGUAUGGUAACCAAAUAGCUUCUAGUGGUGAGCUUCGUAAUGCCAUGGAUGCUAUUAAGUGGGGUACUGAUUAUCUCAUCAAAGCUCAUCCUGAACCUCAUGUUUUCUAUGGAGAGGUGGGAGAUGGCAACACUGAUCACUACUGCUGGCAAAGACCCGAAGACAUGACAACUUCUCGGCAAGCUUACAGAAUUGACCCGAGUAAUCCUGGUUCCGACCUUGCUGGAGAGACUGCAGCUGCUCUGGCUGCUGCCUCCAUGGUCUUCCGCCGCUCCAACCCCUCCUACGCCAAGACACUCCUUUCUCAUGCCUAUCAGCUGUUCGACUUUGCAGACAAAUACAGGGGUAAAUAUGAUAGCAGUAUUACAGUGGCUCAGAAGUACUACCGUUCUGUCAGCGGAUAUGCUGAUGAACUAUUGUGGGGAGCUGCGUGGUUGUACAAGGCAACAGACAAUCAGUACUACUUGAACUACCUCGGAAACAAUGGUGAUGCACUCGGUGGGACUGGUUGGGCCAUGACUGAAUUCGGAUGGGAUGUUAAGUAUGCUGGAGUUCAAACUCUUGUUGCUAAGUUUUUGAUGGGAGGAAAAGCUGGACAUCAGGCAUCAGUUUUUGGCAAGUACCAAGAGAAGGCAGAGUUUUUCAUGUGUUCGUGUCUUGGAAAGGGCAGCCGCAAUGUUCAGAAGACUCCAGGAGGCCUCAUCUUCAAACAGAGAUGGAACAACUUACAGUUUGUUACGAGUGCUUCCUUCCUCAUGACUGUCUACUCCGAUUAUCUCACUUCUGCUAGGAAAACCCUCAGGUGUCCUUCUGGAAAUGUCCAACCAUCCCAACUGCUUUCAUUCGCCAAAUCUCAGGUGGACUAUAUUCUGGGAGACAACCCAAGAGCCACGAGUUACAUGGUUGGUUAUGGAAACAAUUACCCACAACAAGUUCAUCAUCGUGGUUCCUCAAUUGUUUCAAUCAAGGUUAACCCUUCAUUUGUUACUUGCCGAGGAGGGUAUGCCACAUGGUUCAGUAGGAAGGCAAGCGAUCCCAAUCUUCUUGUUGGUGCCAUUGUUGGAGGACCUGAUGCCUAUGACAAUUUUGCUGAUGAAAGAGACAACUAUGAACAAACUGAGCCAGCUACAUACAACAAUGCUCCUCUUCUCGGACUCCUGGCUAGGCUACAUGCAGGACAUAGUGGAUAUAACCAGUUGCUUCCAGUAAAUCUGCCAAAACCUUUUGCUGUCAGACCUAAGCCAACUCCGAGACCCAGAGUAUCUCCAGCCCCAGUUUCCUCUUCCAAACAAAUUGCUGUUGUGCAAAAGAUGACAGCUUCAUGGGUUUCCGGAGGGAAAACCUACUACAGAUACUCCACAGUAGUUACUAACAAAUCUGGCAAGACGCUUAGAAACCUCAGAAUUUCUGUCUCAAAGCUAUACGGUCCUCUAUGGGGUCUUGCAAAGUACGGCAACUCCUAUGUGCUUCCUGCAUGGAACAAGUCGCUGGCUCCUGGUAAAAGCAUCGAGUUUGUGUAUAUCCAUUCUGCCUCUGCAGCAUCCGUCUCGGUCACAAGCUACACAUUGGCUUAAAAGCACAAGAUUACAACAGACAACUAUAAAAAAGUUCAUACCAUUUACCGCGGUUACAUAAGAGCUGCAGACAUUUAUACAUACAAGAUGUUUUUUUCAAGCAACUUGGGUAAAUUUAAGAUGAACUUAGGCUAAGUAUGAUUCAAGAUUGGACAGAGGAAGGAGUGAAGAGAGGAUCAAACCAUGAGUGCUCAUCCUCUUUCUCAUCCAGUGACAUAUAUUUAUGUAUAUUUGAGAGAGUUGAGUGACAGUUGAGAAGUGAAUUGAACUUCUCAACAAGAGUGCCAUGGUUUCUUUUUGUGUAAACUUUUUAAUUCUGUUCCGCCCUCAGAUUUAUUUUUUUGGCUCUGCUGUUGUAACCUUUACAACGUUUGAGCAUUUGCAAUAUGAAUAUAUUCUGUUGACAAGUGUGUCAAUUGUCAA